CGUGUUGUCUUGCAGAGUUGAAGGUGACAGAAGAAGAAGCGGGCGGGUUUCUUGUUGGUAGUCCGUUGCAGAGGGGAACUAAGACGGCGCGCAUGUGGUUGUAGCCACGUGUGAGCAUCACUGAAGGGCAGAUAUGGAUCCCAUGAAGGCACAGCAGCUGGCAGCGGAGCUGGAGGUGGAAAUGAUGGCUGACAUGUACAACCGAAUGACCAACGCCUGCCACAGGAAGUGUGUACCGCCUCAUUACAAAGAGCCAGAGCUGACGAAGGGUGAGUCGGUGUGUCUGGACCGCUGUGUGGCUAAGUACCUGGACCUUCACGAGAAGCUAGGCCGCAAGCUGACAGAGCUCUCUGUCCAGGACGAAGAAAUGAUGAGGAAGGCAGCCGUCGGGAGCGGACACUGAUAAAAGAAACACUAGUCUAGGGUUAGCACAUCUGCUUUCUCUAAGAGAAGAGACUGGUGUUUUCAGUGUAUGGGUGGGUAAAUAAAAAAUAAAAAAAAAGUGAAAUAAAUGCUUUAGGGGGUCCACUGAGAGAAACUGCCUUCUCUCCUGCAGUAGAGGAUGACACCAUGGACUGAAGCACUCUGCAACAGCAGCUUAUGUCUUAAAACUGCUCACAGUGAUUCACCAGCCUCUGAAUCUGUCCAGUUGUUUUACAUUCAGCUUGGCCUGGUCUUCAAGAAGUCACCUGAAAAUUGGCUGGAAAAGAAUAAAGGCCUAGGACAUGUAAUGCUAUUCCUAUGUCAUACUUUGUGCUUGUUUUCAGCUGUAUGGAGUGGAGAAACUCAAAUACAAUUCUGAAGCUUUGUGGUACCAAGCAUUUGGUGUACACACACAGAAUGACCUGAUUUUAACCUUUGAUCCCAAAUUACUCUGACGUAGAGUGAUUUGUAGUUUUUGAAGGAGGGUGAAGGCCAACUUGAAGUGGUGACAGCACCGUGUUUAAGUAGAAAUACAUUUUGUCUGUUGUGAAGACAGUGUUGUCAGUUCUGUACAAACUCUUGAAACAUCAGGGCGUGCACUGGAUUAAUUGUGUAUGGCAGUGUAGUGUGAGUCAAAAUGUCUUUUUAUACAGUGCAUAGUUUACUCGUGUUCAGCCCUGAAACAGACUCAUAGCUGGGUCGUUCUAGUUAUAUGGACUUGUGUUAAAGACGGGCUGAACUUUGCUCAUCUUUCAUGCAUGUGUACACUGUCUGAACCAUGUGUUGAAUUGAGAUGUUUUCCUGUGCUGACCACUGUGUGAACAGUGUUGUAGCUUUUAAUUUGCAUAUAUAUUGUUUCAUCUGGGUUAUUUACUCCAAUUAAACAAUGUCCUAACGAG